AUGCUUCAAAAUCUGAUAAUCACAUUCGUUCAAUCAGUUCGUCAUCAAGUUUCACAUUCAAGCACUCUAAGAGUGGAAGAGGAGCUCAACAAGCUCAAAACAUUGGAAACAGCAGUUGCACCAACUGCUGAGACAAUUUGCAAUAGCCUACUUGGUUUGAAGGAAUUAUACAAGUACAUAAAUGAUCUCAACUUGCAUCUAACCUUUCAAGCCCUCUCUCACUGUAAACAUGAGAAAUUGGUCGAAGAUUUAUUGGACAAGUCGGUGAGGCUACUAGAUGUUUGUUACACCACAAAGGAACCUGUCUCCCAGUGUAAAGAAAACGACACCACAGCUGGGAUCAAAGCCAUAACGGAAGCCAAUGCAGUGUGCAGUUUGAUUUUUCAAAUGCUUUUGCAGUUCUGGUCUUUGCCACUUUUGAAGCCCAAGCCAUCUAAAUGGUCAUUGGUUUCAAGAUUGGUGUCCAAGGGAAAAAUAGCACGUGUCACGUGA